GUAAGUGCCCGGGCUACGAUCGCAGCGCUCUGCCGCCUGCCGCUCAGUUCAGUCGGUCGCCGACCGGCGCGGAUUAAGAACGUGUUUUCUGUGUACGUGACGUUAUCAGUCGGAGACCGUCAUCGCUGUAAACAAAUAAUAUUAGAGUAUGACAGAAACCCGCUUCUUAUAUCAUCAAAAUACUUAUUUCAACCCGUUUCAUUACUCAGAUUAAAUAAAUUGUAAUCUAUGCGACCGAUCGCAUUGAAUUACGACAACUUGCAAUAAGGUUGGUUGGUAUUCUGGUGUCCGUUCGGUGUAACAGUGAAAGGAGCACGUUCUUACGGUUUGUGAUAGUGAGGUGACGAACAAAUUUCGGAUUUGGUUCUUGUUACCUGGCAGUUUGAGAACCUGGAUGAUGUGCGAGAAUUAAAGUGUUGGUCCGGUUCCCUUGCAGCUGCCUAAGAAGGCCGCUUUUAUCUUCUAUCACCUGUACAUGUUGCAAUAGUGAUGCCGGCGCUCCGGCUGCUCGGGCGCAAAUGGCUGGCAGCCUCAGACGAUCUUGUAUUCCCGAGCAUCUUCGAGUUACUCUUCCGCUUUGUAUGGUUGGUGCUGAUAGCUCUAGUAGUGGAGGUGUUGAUACCAAUAACAUGGCAAUGCUCAAGCGAGGGGUGGUUAGGGGGCGCGUUUGUACGGCUAUACUUGUGCGGCACACUGGCACUACAGGCGACCCUCCUCCUCCUACUCGCAGCACUCGCGCUGCACUCCGCCAAGGGCACUAUCACGGACGUCGACGCGAGGAAGAUGGUCGCACCUUUAUUAUUAUUAAAGGUUUUAUUGGUGUUGCCAGAAAUAGCAUUAAAUGCGAUGGGCACAAUGUGGAUGUUCUGCGAAGUUAUUGAGUGUUCGGUCACGGACAAAUUUUCAAGUAUCGUAAUACAAAGUAUAGUUCUUUUUAAUUGGGUGCAAUUAGCUCUCACAAUAUUCGGCCUAUUUAUGGUAUUCGACCCUUUGGGGUCAGUGAACUACGACGAUAUGCAGGACACACCGAACCAAGCCAGGCAUCACAAGAAGGUGACAGGGUUAUGGUCUAGAAGGUUCCGAUGGGCGUUCUGUUGGCUGAAGAGAGACGAACACGGGAAAGAAGCUUUUCAACAAGUUGCAGCACUACUCAGCGCAUUAUUUAGGUCGACAGACCUCGUUCCUUCGGAUGUUGUAGCGGGUUGUGUACUUUUAAGAGUACGACAAAAACGUGAGACUAGAGAAAUGAGACGUAUCCAAAUGCUGAAUGAUGAGGAACCUAUAUACACGACAGAUGUAAACAAAAUAUUCUCAGAAACUCCACCCUGGAUGAAUCUUGAAGAUGCGCUGCACUAUCUAAGGCUAUCUAUCGCGGCGUACGGCUGGCCUUAUGUAUUAUAUAGGCAUUGCUUCACCGGAUUCUGCAAACUUGCCAAGCACUUGACGUGCUGUUGUUGUCGGCCGAAGAACUCAAUAGUAACUGACGACAACUGCUGUUUGUGCCACUUCGCGGGCGUCAAGUACAUGUCCAAGCUCUCUGCGGACGACAUCAUCUUUGCCUCUUUCAACAAUCGCGUCUUUGAACUUCCAUUUUGCGUGAUAGCGGACCACGAGCGGGAGAGCAUCGUGGUGGCGGUGCGGGGCUCAAUAUCUCUGAGAGACAUCUUCACAGACUUUACAGCCGGCUCCGAAAAGUUUGAGGCUGAUGGCUUGCCAGAAGAGACAGCAGCUCACAAGGGCAUGUCGAUGGGCGCCGCAAAGAUGUUGAGGCGACUCAUGCCCGUGCUCGACCGAGCCUUCCAGCAGUUCCCACAUUACGAUCUAGUACUUACAGGUCAUAGUCUAGGAGCUGGAGUAGCAGUAUUAGUAGCGUUAAAACUAAGACCCAGAUAUCCGCAUCUCAAAGUGUUCGCAUUCUCAACACCGGCGGGGCUAAUAAGUCGGGAGGCGGCGCGAUUCACGGAGAGCUUCGUGCUGACUAUAGGCGUAGGCGACGACCUGGUGAUGCGGCUCAGUGUACACAGCAUUGAGAACCUGCGCACCAAGGUCAUACAGACCAUACACGCCACCAAACUGCCAAAGUACCGUAUAAUGCUGAAUGGGUUCGGGUACGCGCUGUUCGGUGUACCGGCGCGUGACCUGGAGUCGACAUGGCGGAGGCCGGAGGAGCUGGAGGCGCACGCGGCUGACGACAGCGACGCGCUGCUGGCGCAGGGCGUCUCCACCGUGAGUGCUGAGGCGGCGCUAGUGUCGCGGAACGUGUUUGCGCGCAGGUUCUCAUCUGCGCGGCUGUUCACCGCCGGCCGCAUCCUGCACAUCGUGAGACGAAAGCGCAUGGGCAUUGAAAAAAAGGUGCGCACGCAGGAGCCGACAUACGAGAUGAGGUGGGCGUGCGCGGAGGACUUCAUGGAGCUGCAGGUGAUGCCGCGCAUGCUGCUGGACCACCUGCCGGAGAACGUGCACCGCACUAUGCAGACUGUGCUCGAGGAGAAGCACUCGUAUAGAGUCACGCAUGUCGUAUAACCUUGCCUAUACAUACCAUUUAGGAUAAAACUACAUACUAUAGGACAUAGUUCUUGUUUAAACAAGUACAGCUGUGAAUAUUUUCAUAAAAUGAGGCGAACUUAGGCCAGCGGUUAGAAAUUACUCAGACAUUUUAUUACGUUAUUACGACAGAUAUUGGAAUUAAUUGAACCGUCUUAACUUAAGUAUUUUUGUAUUCUAAUUGAGCCGAUUCAUGACAGUUAUAUCGGUUGACAUUUUAUGAAUCUUAUGUAAAUAAUCUGAUAUUUAGUUGAAGUGUAAAUAAUUGUAUAAGUGACGACCUUCCUAUAGGAAUCAACAUUCAUAUAUCUAAGUGAUGUACAAAGACUGUGAUGAAGUUAGGAAUGAAAAUAAUGAGAACUGUUAAAUAAGUGAAAUGUUUAUGAAUGUUUGAUUAAACUUUAUAUAGUCUGUGGUAUUUAAUCUGUGUAAAUAUUAGAUAAGUUGACGAAUACGUUAAGGUUUCAGAGGAACUAUGACGGCCUUUUAGUUUAAUUUAUGUGAAGCUAUUUCAUUUAUUCGAUAUGCUUUUCAUUAAAACGUUUCAUCUAAUGAAAAGAACACAAUAUGUUCACACCAGUGGACCUAGCACGAAUAUUUGUGACAAUUCCAUCGACAAAAUUAUAUAAUACUAAAGUUUGUGUAUGCACCCCCUAUCGGGAGUAAAGUAUACUAACAAUUUCAUACUCGUUAGCAAAUGGUAACGUUAUUGUUAAUGUUAUCGUUAAAAUUAACUUUAACCAAAACUUGAAUCGGUUGAUGAUAAAACUCACCCUUAUUUUGAUGACGUAACGAAGGCGAUUGUCGCAAAUAUUCGUGCUAAGAACACAGUGCGCUUUUAUCAUUUUGCCAAAAGACAAAAGGAAUCUCUCUAACCAUUUAAUAUUUUAUCUAUAUUUUCUCAAAGAGACUGGGGGGGGGGGUUCAUCCAAUUUU